UGAUGUUGUGCCGCGAUAAAAUGUCUGCGAAAAAUAUGGAUCAUCAAACAUCGCACAUUAUAGGAUAAUGAUGAUUCGUGAAAAAAUAGUGCAAAAGUUUUGGGAUGUUCUCCACUUUCUGUGUUACGAUCCAAAACGGCUGGUGAGAAUCAUCGUGCUCAGCAUUUGCAGUGUUGUUGUGAUAUUUCAGCUCACGGAAUGCUUCCACAAGUUGAUCAAUCCACCCAUAUCGACCCAUUCGAAGUUCGACUUGAACGAGUCGAUGUCCUAUCCGGCGAUCACAUUCUGCCGGAAUCCCCCGUACAAAGCCGAUGUGAUGAAACAAUACAAUCUAACGCAGCAUCCCAAGUAUGCGAAUGCCUUCAGCAAUUUCGAUUUUAGUCAAGCGACGCUUGACGACCUGUUUCGGGACGCAACGUACAAUGAGAGUGAAUUUUUCAUGCAAUAUGGACUGAACGAAUUGAAGGAGAAUGUCGAAGUGAUCAGUAGUAUGCACCUAGAUAUGGGCCAGUGUUUUACAUUGAAUCCACUAACAACUACGACCCAUUCGUGGAAGGACUAUGGCUAUUCGGUUCUAUUGCAGCAUGACAUCAAGGAUGAGACGUACUACUUGGGCGAAGAAUUGCCCGGCUGGCACGUGUUCAUCCACGACCCGACGGAAGGAUUCGCAGAAAAUCGUAUGCAAUCAUCCGGCCGCGUUGAAUAUCUUUUCAUGGAGGUUGAUGAGGAGAUCGAAAUCAAGCUCACCACGCAGCAUUUUUUCAUGCUUCCCAGCGAUGAAAAUUUGUGCGCCACCGAAAUGGAAAUGAGCUCUACAAGGUGUGGUGAACUGUGUCACUGGCGCCACGUGAUCAGCAUCGUUGGCUGUACUGGUCCUUGGAUGGCGGCCGAUGGAGUAGAACUUUGCGACACGGCCAACGAAACGCAACAGCUAAUCAAGCACUACAAACGGCUGGAAGAUCUGGACGGUCGCGUUUGUGGCUGCUAUCAACCGUGCUCAACUACCAUCUUUACGGCUUAUGUAAUGAACAGGAAGGACUACAGCAUCGAUGUCCCGUCAGGACAGCUUUGGUUGUAUUACACUUCGAAAAUGGUGACGAUCAUCGAGGAAUUCCACAGCUACGAUCUGACGCAGUUCGUGGCUGACUUGGGAGGAUCGCUAGGCUUCCUGUUGGGUCUUUCGGUGCUCGGGCUGAUAGGACUGUUGGAGAAGAUCGUUGCGCUGUUGUUCAUUCGCAACUUGAUUGCUGAAAAAAGAAACCGAACCAACGAGAGAAAGUCCAAGCCGUCAAACGAAAAGGGAAUUGAGAAUUCCGACGAUCCGUGCCAAAAUUGUAGCACCACGGAGUGCAGUGACACAACGCUGGCAGUUGCAGAUGUCAAGAAAUAAUCGUCAAAUUAAGCGUAUCAUUUUUGCAACAUGUCUAAUAUUUAGAUUAACGUUCGUUUAGAGAAUUAAGAUGACCCCCUGUCAUAAAUAUAUUUACGCAAAUGUCCCUGAACAAA